CUCUUUUUUUUUAUUUAUUUGGUAAAUUAUAAAACUAUGGAUACAAUAGAAAAGAAUGAAAGAUAUCAUAAAUAUGGUUCAAAGUUACUUGGUUCGAUGCAGAAACAAUUAAAUAGUGCAUCAAACAGAUUUUAUCGAAAACAUCAAGCAAAGGAUGGAGAAGAAGCUGAAAAGCAUCUUACAAGAACCACAGAAUCAUAUCAAGUACCUAUUCAUUCCAUGAUCCAGAAUCCUAUAGCAAUGGCAGUGCUCUUUCUAUUAGCAGUAGAGACAAUAGCCAUUAUUAUAAUGGAAAGCUUUAUUAUUUAUUAUCAUACAUCCAUCUUUAUUCAAUGCGAUUUUACUUUGCAAACCUUGGGCUUAGGCCAAUUAGACUUAAUUUACCAUGCUAUCUUUAUCACAGUACCUAUUUAUCAGAUCUUCCUUUAUUUAGACUCCCUACGACAACGAAAUACCGUUAGUUUAUUGACGCUAUUACUAUUUGGUAUUUUAAUGGUUAUAUUUACCGGUAUUCAAACUAUCCAGCAUAUCACUUUCGAACAAGUUGGUUGCAAUUUCCCCAUUGGAGAUAAUCUGAAUAUAAUGAAUAAUACUACUAACAAUACGAUCGAUUUAUCAAAUUCGAUUCAUAUGUCUGUCAUUAUCUAUAAUCGAUCUGAUGACACUCUCUUUCAAGAUAUUCUAGAUAAUACCAUCUCAAAUAUGAAACCAUUCGAGUAUGCUAUCCUCGCUCUUGUACCACUCUGCUUUAUACUUAUGACAUGUGGUAUGAUCAAACUCUACCAUUUAUUCAAAUGGAAUAACUAUUUAGGUCAUACAUUUAAAGAACAUCGUCUUCGUAACACCCUUAUUGCUUGGGCAGUAUUGAGUGGUCUUUUAAAGAUUGAUCUCUUCUUUUUGUUUAUCUUUGCUGUUCAACUUGUUCCUUCAAAGAUGGUAGGUUAUACCUUACCUUCCUUUGAGGGACCCCUCGUCUUUUUCCUUACUAUCCUUAUCUUUCUGAUAGCAGUUUAUGCAGCUCGAUAUGAAAAUGUAUGGUUACUUGGGUUAUUUUCUAUUGGAUUAGUUGCAUUUAUUGGAUAUUUAGGUUAUCGACUCUUUGUAUUUGGCAUACCUCGAAUACUUGCAAAUGAUCCCUACAUGGUAAAAUACAAGAUACAUAUAUAUGUGUGUGUGUAUAUAUAUUUGUAUACAUAUAUCACUAAUUAUUAUUAUUAUUAUUAUUACUAUUGUUAGUUGACAAGAUAUAAUUUAUUGUUUACAACAUUAACUGUUACUUUAUUGAUCAUUAUGACAUUAUGUACAUGCAUUAUAUGUAUCAAGAAUCUAUCUUUACAUAAGAUUAGAGUACUCGAUUCCUUUCAUUGUAGCUGUCCUACCUGCUUUGCGCAUUCUUCCUUUAACAUGAAAGAUGAAGAAAUUCAAUCCUCUUCUAUUGAAACAUCUUGUAGUAAUAGUGAACAUAUUAAAUCACAAUGUGAAACUAAAUAAAACAAUACUCUUUUUCUUUAUUAUCUGAUGAAUAGAAUAAAUAAAU